UUCCGAUAAUCCGUGCCGCUCGAGCAACCGUAGUAGAGUGCGGGUGUUGCGAAACAGACGGGAAGUGUACUUCUUUUAGUGGAAACAAAACAAAAGUAGUGUUGUAAUAUUACGAAAUAUCCGCACAAAAUGAUACGUGCCACAAACAGGCUCGCUGGCUCGCUGUACCGCGAGGUGUGCGCGACAACGGCGACAGGUUGUUCAGCAGUACAGCUUUUGCAUUCGAAAUCCCAGCUCCUCCGUACCGGCUUCGCUCAUCCGUAUGUACGCGAAAAUCCACAAUGCACGAGUCGUACGAUGCAAACACGCCCGAAUUCGACCAUUUCGACAAACGUUCACGACGCCGACGAAUCCAAGGAUGGGUUCCUGAAGCGGUUCGUCAAGAAAAUGGGCUGGAUUGAUAACUCGUCCACGAGGUUGCGUGUGUCCAGCUGUUUGCUGUACGAAUCCGUAGUGGAUCACAUAAACUAUGCGGAGUUUUUCAACUACUUUAACAUGCCGGACACAUUCAAUACCUGGUUCCUGAUCACGGAACUGCACGUGUGGAUGCUGCUGGUACGCUCGAUGGCGGAAGGAGCUGAGAAGGGUGCCGCCGGUCGAUUUAUGCGCAACUGUAUCGUGGAAACCAUGUGGAACGAUGUGACCACCCGCGCCAAGCAGCUCACCAUGGACAAUCCAUCGGUGGUGCGUCCACAGAUACAGCAGCUUUCGGAGCAGUUUCAGGCUGCGCUAAUAUCGUACGACGAAGGUAUUAGCUACGACGAUAAGGCACUAGCGGCCGCACUUUGGCGUCGGUUUUUGGGCGGCCGUUGUGAUGAUUACGAAAAGCUCGAGCAUCUGGUCGGAUAUGUACGCAGACAGGUUUCAAUGCUCGAUCAGUUAAGUCGAUACGAUUUCGCGAUCAAGCCGACGAUCAAAUGGGCUCCGCUUGUUGAAGCAAAGCAGCCAACGUAACCGCAACGCGACUGAAGCUCGGCACAGAAAGCUACCACUACUGCCUGUUGAAUGAUCCGGAUUGCUGCGUGCUGCGACUGUGUGUGUAGUUAUAUGCAAAGGUAUGUGUAUUAUUUAUUAUCAAAAUAAUAUAUGUAUUGGCCAACAAGAUAAGCACCUCGAUGAUGGCCUGUACAUAUGGGGGAAAAUUGAAAAGUUUUUCUAUUUUGUUGUGAUACGUGCUCUGCUUACGUUUGCAUGGAUUAUAGAAGCAAACCUCUGAUUUCUUACUUCCAUUCUCAAGCUAGUUUUGUUUUUUCGAAAACAAUUUGAGUUAAAAUAAAAAGAACAACAGCAAAGAGACAAUUAGCUUUUUUACAUUA